AUGGGGAAGGAUGAGGAUGAGGAGGAGGGAGACCAAGGACGACGCGACGACGAUAAGUGGGUAUAUGUACAAGGAAUUCACCGAACACGUCAAUUCAACCGGCUCACCCGAAAAGAUUGGCACCCAAAAUUCUCCGGUUUAUUCGUGUUUCGAGUCGAGUCGGGCCGUCUUUCAAGAUUUCUGCAUGAUCGACGUUGCGCUGCUCAGUUUCGAAUUUGCUCCCGUGACCGCAUCGUUUUCUGCUUUUGCCGAGUGGACCGCCGCCCAAAGCCACCAUCCUCUGUCCACGGCCACGGAUUCGGCGAGAUGCACCAAGCUUGUAAGUUCAGCAUUGGUGCCAGAAUCAACACGACCGUGACCACCACCAUCUCUUCCUCUGAGCCUGCAGAAGCCAAGCUCAGCUUCCGCAUCGCUUCGGUAUGGCUUACAGCUCUGGAAACAAGGAUCGUCAGCCGCCCACCAGACCGCGUGCCUUUGACGAUUCGGACGACGACGACGAUGCUCACAACGCUUCGUCGUCCAGUCGGCGUCAAGAAGAGAUCGUCUCGUUCGGCCGUGACGGUGCCAAGGGACGCCGACCUUCCCCAACGCCAACAGCUCCACGUGUGA